AUGUCUUCCUCAGACGACGACAUGCCCCUCUCGGGAUCACGGAAACCCAACGGGACCAACGGCGUCACAUCUCCUCUAUCUUCUUCAAAGAUUUCCUCUAAGGUUGACGCCACUAUGGAUCGACAAAUUCCAUCUAAGGGUGAAACUAUCCCCGGCAUCUCCAUUGCAAAUGGUGAUGUCAAGGUAGAGGACACGACAAUGACAGACGUCAAUGGCUCCCUGACAAAUGGUGGGCUUGUCAAGCGCAAGGCAAGGGAAAGCAAUACGCGACCAUCAUAUGCAGAAGCCGAAAGUAGCGAUGAUGACCAGCCUCUUAGCAAGAAGCGAAGGACGACCACAGCUGUGGAAUCGGAUUCGGACGAUGCUCCUCUACUCCCGAAGGCAAAAGCAAAUGGCAAAGUAGUUCAGAAGCCACCCCGUGCCAAUGCUGCCCAGAUCGGGGAGUCUUCCGACUCCGAUGUUCCUUUGGGCAAAAAGCUGGUCAAGGAGAAGCAACAGAUUGAAAAGGCAGCCGACAAGGAAGCCAAACAAAUCCGAAACAAAGAGCAAAAGAAAGAAGCCAGCAAGCCGGUGAAGAAAAGCCCGCCAGCGAAGAAGGUGAAGAAGGAGGACUCUUCAGAUGAUGACAAACCUUUGGCACGGAAAGUCUCGGCGCCAACCUCUAAGAAGUCCAAAGCCGAGUCAUCCACUCCUGUAAGGAAACCCGCUGCCAAGGCAAAAGCAGUCAAGAAGGAAGAGACUGCGGAUCCUGAGGAUGACGAAGACGAAAACGACGAGGUCAAAUGGUGGGAAGAUCCUACAAAAGGCGAUGGAACGAACAAAUGGGAAACUCUCGAGCACAAUGGCGUUGUCUUUCCCCCUCCAUACGAGCCACUUCCCGGCCAUGUUAAAUUGAAGUACGAUGGAAUUCCUGUGAAUCUCCAUCCAGAAGCCGAAGAAAUUGCUACAUUCUUCGGCUCGAUGCUCAAUUCUACGCAUAACGUGGAGAACCCGACCUUCCAGAAAAAUUUCUUCAAAGAUUUCACCGAAUCCGUCAAGAAGACUGGUGGUGCCAAGGACAAAGAUGGCAACAAAAUUGCAAUCAAGGAAUUUUCCAAGCUAGACUUCCGGGCCAUCUUCGAACAUUAUGAUGCGCAGAGAGAGGCUAAAAAAGCUCUUCCGGCUGCAGAGAAGAAGGCCAUCAAAGCCGCAAAAGAUGCUGCAGAGGCCCCUUACAUGUAUUGCAUUUGGGAUGGUAAGAAACAAAAAGUUGGAAACUUCCGAGUAGAGCCUCCUGGACUCUUCCGUGGUCGAGGCGAGCAUCCAAAAACCGGGCAUGUGAAGACAAGAGUUAUGCCUGAACAGAUCACGAUCAACAUCGGCAAGGAGGCAACGGUACCUCCACCGCCGGAAGGUCAUAAGUGGAAAGAAGUCAAGCACGACAAGCAAGGCACUUGGCUUGCCAUGUGGCAAGAGAACAUCAACGGGAACUACAAGUACGUCAUGCUUGCUGCCAGUUCCGAUGUGAAAGGCCAGAGUGAUUACAAAAAGUUCGAAAAGGCUCGAGAGUUGAAAAAGCACAUCGACCGGAUCAGAAAGGACUACAGAAAAGAUCUGAAGUCAGAGCUCAUGGCUGAUCGUCAAAAAGCUACGGCCAUGUAUUUGAUUGAUCAGUUUGCUCUUCGUGCGGGCAAUGAGAAAGGCGACGAUGAGGCUGAUACAGUUGGCUGUUGCUCGUUGAAAUACGAGCACAUCACUUUGCGCGCACCAAGCACCGUCAUCUUCGAUUUCCUCGGUAAAGAUAGCAUUCGAUUCCAUGAAGAGUUUGAAGUUGACCCACAGGUUUUCAAAAACCUCAAGAUCUUCAAAAAACCGCCUAAGAAGGAAGGCGACGACAUCUUUGAUCGAUUAACAACAACUCAGCUCAAUAACCAUCUCAAGAACUACAUGCCUGGGCUGACAGCCAAGGUCUUCCGUACCUACAAUGCAUCUUUCACCAUGUCCAAGUUAUUGAGUGAGAUGAAGUCCGAGGGCACCAUACUCGAAAAACUGAAAGACUACAACGACGCAAACCGCAAAGUGGCUAUCCUAUGUAACCACAAGCGAACCGUGGCAGCCUCUCACGCUGGGCAGAUGGAAAAGCUCGGCGACAGACUGAAGGGCGUCAAAUAUCAGCAAUGGCGCAUCAAGCAAAUGAUGCUUGAAGUGGACCCGAAGAUCAAGAAGAAGAAGGGAGCCGAAUACUUCCAACUUCCCGACGAUAUAGACGAGGCGUGGAUUCUUGAGCACCAAGCCUACCUCGUCGAAGAGCAGAGAACAAAGAUCACGAAGAAAUUUGAAAAAGAGAAUGAGAAGCUCAAGGAGGAAGGCCAAAAGCCGAUGAAACAGUCCGAGCUUAACGAUCGUCUCGACGCGGUCAAGGACCUCGAGAAGAAGUUCAAGCGAGAGAACAAGACGAAGAAGGUUGAGCCCGAGGGCAAGUCUCCUUCCGUAGAGAAAUUGGAGGAAAACGUCAAUAAACUUGAUCAGAGGAUUGCCAACAUGGAGAUCCAGGCAGAGGAUCGAGAGAAUAAUAAAGAGGUGGCAUUGGGAACGUCGAAGAUCAACUACAUUGACCCGCGGUUGACUGUUGUCUUCAGCAAAAAGUUCAAUGUGCCGAUCGAAAAGUUCUUCUCUAAAACUCUACGUGAGAAGUUCGAAUGGGCCAUCAAGUCUGUCGAUGAGAACUGGACUUUCUAG